CAAGAGAAUAUUUUGAAAUUUGUGAAGAACGAGCUGAAGAUGUUCAAGAGGAUUCUUAGUCAAGAACUCCCAGAAGGCUUUGAGAGUCAGAAGCAGGAUAAGGAAGUGGUGGAUGCUGAAGAUGAGAAGCAGGAGAGCAGUGCCAGAGAGGGGGCUCUGAAGAUCACACUGCACGUCCUGAGGAAAAUGAACCAGAAGGAGCUUGCUGACACACUGGAGAAAAAUGACCUUGCUGUGAUAUGCCAACGUGAACUGAAAUCUAAUCUAAAGAAGAAGUUUCAAUGUGUUUUUGAGGGGAUCGCUAAACAAGGAAACCCAACACUUCUCAAUAAGAUCUACACAGAGCUCUACAUCACAGAGGGUGGAACAGGAGAGGUCAAUAAUGAACAUGAGCUGAGACAGAUUGAGACAACAACCAGGAAACAAGCAAGACCAGAGACUGCAAUCAAAUGUAACGACAUCUUCAAACCCUUACCUGGACAAGACAAACGUAUCAGAACUGUGCUGACAAAGGGAGUCGCUGGCAUUGGAAAGACAGUCUCUGUGCAGAAAUUCAUUCUUGACUGGGCUGAAGGAAAAGCAAAUCAGGAUAUCCAAUUUAUAUUUUCAUUCCCUUUCCGGGAGCUGAAUUUGAUGAAAUGGGACAAACACACUUUGAUUGAACUUCUUAAUCACUUCUCAAUGGAAACCAAACAAUCGAGAAUCUCCAACUACGACAAGUACAAAGUUCUGUUCAUCUUUGAUGGUCUGGAUGAGUGCCGACUGCCCCUAGACUUCCAGAAUAACAAGAUCUGUUGUGACGUCACAGAGUCAACCUCAGUGGAUGUUCUGCUGACAAAUCUCAUCAAGGGAAAUCUGCUUCCCUCUGCUCUCCUCUGGAUAACUACCCGACCUGCAGCAGGCAAUAAGAUCCCUUCAGGGUGUGUUGACCAGGUGACAGAGGUACGAGGGUUCCUUGACCCACAGAAGGAGGAGUACUUCAGGAAGAGAUUCAGUGAUGAGGACCUGGCCAGCAGAAUCAUCUCACACAUAAAGACAUCAAGGAGCCUCCACAUCAUGUGCCACAUUCCAGUCUUCUGUUGGAUUUCUGCAACAGUCCUUGAACACAUGCUGCAACAUAAGAGAGAAGAGAUGCCCAAGACUCUGACUGAGAUGUACACACACCUUGUGGUGUUUCAUACCAAACAGAAGAAUGAAAAGUAUCUUGGGAAAGAAGAGACAGGUCCACACUGGAAUAAAGAGAGCAUUUUGUCACUGGGAAAACUGGCCUUCCAACAGCUUAUGAAUGGCAAUCUGAUUUUCUAUGAAGAAGACCUGAUAGAGGCUGGCAUUGAUGUCAAUGAAGCCUCAGUGUACUCAGGAUUGUGCACACAGAUCUUUAAAGAGGAAUGUGGUCUGUACCAGGACAAGGUGUACUGCUUUGUUCAUCUGAGCAUUCAGGAGUUUCUGGCUGCUUUAUAUGUGUUCAUCUCAUUCAUCAACAACAAUGAGAAUCUAAUGGACAAACUGCAAACAAAAGACGAGCCUGAAGUUACUUUCUACAAGAGUGCUGUGGAUAAAGCAUUACAAAGUGAGACGGGAAACCUGGACCUUUUCCUCUGCUUCCUUCUGGGCCUCUCACUGGAGUCCAAUCAGAAGCACUUACGAGGUCUACUGACAAAGACAAGAAGUAGCUCACAGAGCCAUGAAGAAACAGUCAAGUACAUCAAGAAGAAGAUCAGGGAGAAUCCCUCUCCAGAGAGGAGCAUCAAUCUGUUCCACUGUCUGAAUGAACUGAAUGACCAUUCUCUCGUGGAGGAGAUCCAAAGCUACCUGAGAUCAGGAAGUCUCUCAGAAGCCAACCUGUCAUCUGCACAGUGGUCAGCUCUGGUCUUUGUGUUACUGACUUCAGAAAAGGAGCUGGAUGUGUUUGACCUGAAGAAAUACUCCAGAUCAGAGGAAGGUCUUCUGAGGCUGCUGCCAGUGGUCAAAGCCUCCAGAGCUGCUCAGCUGUCAGGCUGUGGAGUCACAGAGGAAGGCUGUGCUUCUCUGGUCUCAGCUCUGGAGUCAAACCCCUCACACCUGAGAGAGCUGGACCUGAGUAACAAUGACCUGAAGGAUUCAGGAGUGAAUCUGCUCUCUGCUGGACUGGGGAAUCCCCACUGUAAACUGGAGACUCUGAGGCUGUCAGGCUGUGGAGUCACAGAGGAAGGCUGUGCUUCUCUGGUCUCAGCUCUUAAGUCAAUCCCCUCACACCUGAGAGAGCUGGAUCUGAGUAACAAUGACCUGAAGGAUUCAGGAGUGGAGGAGCUAGGAGGGGCAGUGCGCAGGGAGACCGAAGGGGGUUCCAGCUUGUGCACAAGCCGCAUAGGUCACACUACCGGUCGGUGCCGGGUUGGUUCCUCUGGGGAUCGAGGGAGGGUGCAGGCAGGGCGCUCUGGCGUCACCCCAGUGUGUACCAGCCGGUUCUGGCACCGUGGCAUCAGAGUCAGACUGAGGCUCCUGCAUUGGACGAUUAGUUCAGAUGCGCGGAGGAGACCUGGGAAUCCGCCCAUGGUCACCUCCAGCAGGCCGUUCUGCGCCAAAAGACCAGCGCGGACGGUCACCGCACUCACACUGGACCUAAACACAGUAAACAGACUCCUCUCUCUGUCUGAGGAGAACAGAAAGGUGACAUGGAGGAGAGAGAAGCAGCAGUAUCCUGAUCACCCAGAGAGAUUUGAGGUCUGUAGACAGGUGCUGUGUAGAGAGGGUCUGACUGGGCGCUGUUACUGGGAGGUAGAGUGGAGUGGGUGGGCUGAUAUAGGAGUGACAUAUAAAGGAAUCAGCAGGAGAGGAGGGGUUGAUGACUGUUGGCUUGGAUGGAAUGACAAGUCCUGGAGUCUGUACUGCUCUGACAACCGUUACAUUGCCUGUCACAAUAAUAAUCUCACUACCAUAGUUGUCCAACCCUCCAGCUCCCACAGAGUAGGAGAGUAUCUGGACUUGCCAGCCGGCACUCUGUCCUUCUUUCGAGCCUCCUCUGACACACUGACCCACCUGUACACAUUCACCUCCACAUUCACUGAGCCCCUCUAUCCAGGGUUUAGGGUUUAUGAAGACUCCUCAGUGUCCCUGUAA